AUAGUCACAAAAAUCUUUCGCAUAAAGAAGUAAAACGUAAGAAUUUUCAAAGGCUUUUUUCGCCAGGAAAUCUGCAUAAAAAGAAUGUAAAAAGUGUGACUCGCGAUGCGUGCGGCCUAGAAGUCGUCACCCCCCCCAAAAAAAACCGAAACCCCGACCCCCACAUGCACACCGUCUACUCACACAUGUGCAAGCUCUGAUUGUCAUAAAUUUUAAUUAAUUCAAAGGCAGAGGCAAAAACAAAACCGAACAAAACACCGGAAAGAAAAAAAAAAAAUUAAUAAAAAUCAAUAGAGCGUCGAGCGGGAGGCGAUAAAAAGUGUUAUCAGUGCGAAUUAAUUGGCUACAAAAAGGAGGAGGACGAAAGGAGAGGAGCGGGAGGAGGAGGUGGCUCCGGAGAUUGAGGAUUAGGGAGCUCCAAAUCCGUAACCCGGAUACGGACACGCAUCCUCCAUCAACAUGUCCGUGCAGCAGUUCUGCCUGCGCUGGAACAAUCACCAGCCAAACUUCAUAUCGGUGUGCUCCUCGCUGCUGCACAAUGGCACCCUGGUGGACGUCACUUUGGCCGCCGAGGGUCGCCAGCUGCAGGCCCACAAAAUAGUGCUGUCCGCCUGCAGUUCGUACUUUCAGGCUUUGUUUACCACAAAUCCGUGCCAACAUCCUAUUGUCAUCCUAAAGGACGUACAGUACGAUGACCUCAAGACCAUGGUGGAUUUUAUGUACUACGGCGAGGUAAAUGUGUCUCAGGAACAGCUGCCGCAUAUCCUCAAGACAGCAGAGAUGCUCAAGAUCAAGGGUCUAGCGGAGAUGCCCACGGAUCCGGCCAAUCUCACCAAGUCGGACAGCAAGUCCUCUAGUGACGGCACUGAAUUGGUGGGUGGUUCGGGAGUGGGCACUGGGGCGGGCACUUCAGCUGGCAGCCUUGGAGCUGCCAGUGGCAGCAGCGUGGGUGAUUCCCUGUGGAGCACCAGCGAGGCUCAGCAGUUUCAGCAGCAACAGCAGCAACAACAACAGGCCCAGCAACAGGCGCAACAGCAGCACCAUCACCACCAGCAACAACAGCAGUUGCAGCAGCAACAGCAACAGGCGCAGCAGCAGCAGCAACAACAGCAGCAGCACCAUCACCACCACCAUCAACAGCAACAGGGCGCACAGGCACAGGCGGCGCAAACGCAUCACCACCAGAUGCGACGAACACCGUCACCCUUGAGCGCCGGUACAUCGCCGGCUACAAGGCGCAAGCGGUUGCGCAAAUCCUCGAAUAACGGCUCUGGCGAACGCAACAAUGUGGAGGAGCAGCACAAUAGUUCCCUGGACGCGGCCAGUGGUGCCGGCAAUGCCGGCCUUAGUCUCGCCCAGAUGAGCCAGAUGUCCUUUGGUGCGGGCGGCGGUCUGACUGGUCACUCACUGCAUGCGGCCAAGCUGCUCAAGGAGUCGGCCAGUGCCGAACUGGAGCAGCAGCCGCAGGACUCUGAUCUGGACGACGGACACGGACACUUACACAUGCAAAUUAAGCCCGAAGUCGACAUUGGCGGCGUAAACCAAACGAUGCCCCUGGACAUCUCCGGCGGCACCACACCAUCCGAGCACGAUGCGCCGAACUCCCAGUCCUCGCACUCGGAACCCAGCCCUGCGCAUGCACCUCAUCCACCACAUCCUUCUUUAGCGGCUGCAAGCAGCAGUAGCGGUGGUAGCGGAAGUUUUGAGCGCUCCUUCAGCAUAGGCGGUGUUGGCUCCGGCGAAUGUGAUCCGGAUGGCACACCCAGUUCGCCAGUGGUGAUGGGUACGAAGCGCAAUAGGGUGCUCACGCGUCAGCCGAGGGUAAAGAGGGAUAGCGACAGUAUCUCCUCCACGAAUCAGAUAUCUCCGGAUACGGCUGCCACGACGCUAGACUUUGAUCCAUUCAAUGCUGCUGGGGCCACGAGUGUCACAGCGAGGGAUUACUCCACCACGGGAUCGCACCAUUUGCACCAUCAGCCAACGGUACAUCAUCACCACCAUCUGCUGACCGUUCCACCGCGUAUAGAGCGACAUGCCUCUGAGCCUGCGCCCAGUUUGGGCCCAUCCACGCCGCAUCUGCUCAGCGUGCCGUCCAGCACACCAUAUCUCAUUAAGCAGCACUCGGAUCCGCUGCUUCCCCGCCAGUCCGCCCUGCAUAUUGCCGGAUCCGGUUCCAGUUCCGGGCUUACAACCGGCAGCAAUCCCUUUGCCCCUUUGCACCGUCAAUACUCGCAUCCACUGUCAGGGACAAGUGCCAAUUACAUCACGCCGGCACCGCUCCACCAUCCGCACCACAUCUCGCUGCCCGAGUCGAUCUACGCAUCGGGUUCUCCGCCGCCGGCCGGCUCCUCACAGUACUUGGUACCCACACGAGUGGUGACCUGUCCAGUGGUGUCUAGUGAAACGGCGGCCACCCCCACAAAUGCCAGCCCCGGCUCCUCGUCGACAGUGUCGGCGGCCGUUUCCGUUGUCACCUCACCGAAUUCGGGAAUCCAGAACAGCGCUAGUCGGCAUCCGUUGUCCCCCACAUUCUCCAUUGGUUCGGAUGUGGCUCAUGAUCGAAGAUCCCCGCACUCACCGUCUAUCAGCAGAUCGCAGAUUGUGGAGAGGGCAGGGAAAAAUCCGGGAGAAGCUGCCAACGGAGGUGGAUCGAGGCUGCGAAAUUCCAAGUCUGCAUCGGGCUCCAUCAGUAGUGGAACCCAUCUUCAUCCCGGACAAGCCACUAUGAGCAGUUCAUUUGAGCAUUUGCCCACGCUUCGCGUCAAGAACGAGGAACUGCAGCGAUCGGUGUCUUCACCUCAGACCCAACGGGAGAUUAUAACCCUUGAGAAUCCGCGUUCUAGUCACUGUCCGGUAAUAAGACCCGGUCCAGCGUUGGGAUGCAAUUUCUGUUGGAACACUAUCGAUGGGCAUGGACGAAUUUUGCGCCGCAAAACGAAAUAUCAUUGCCCGGAGUGCCAGACGAAUUUGUGCAUUGUGCCCUGCUUCCAGGAGUAUCAUGAGCGCCUCAAUAACGAGGCGGCCUCUUCGUCUAGUGGUGCGGGAGCAGGAGAAAAUCAGCUGAACAGCAAUACGACGGGAGCGGGCAGCAACAGCAGUGGCAAGGCUUCGCCAUAUGUCUCCUCCGCUGGCAGCAGCAGUAGUGGAGCGGGAGCAGCUCGGCAUUAUACCAAGACGGAAUCAAUAUAAUCUGGAGCUGCCGUGGACCCGCCCGCAUAUUUGUAUUUGUGGCAAGACGGUUCGAAGGAAGACCUUCUCCAGACAAGAGCAGUCGUACUGUUCAGGUUUUGUCUAGAAUAUGGUUGGUUCCACUUAUGACCGUCUGUCGAAUUUGUUUUUUUUGUCAGCAGGAUGCGUGUAAAUCGCGUAUUUUACAACCUGCAUCGAAAUUUUCAUUUGUUGUCCCAGUUCCAAUGUGCAUCCGGCCCAGAGCCCGGCACAUGGACUGCCAGAAAGGGCGCUAAGUGGCGCGGAAGAUUUGUUUUUAGAGCCAUGCUUAAGAGCAUGCAGUCAUUUGUAAAUGAAAAUAUUUUGGACCACUCUGGCGAAAUGCCGAGUGUAAGCUUUUUUAAAAUCGCUAAAUGUAAUACUAUGUUUAUGUGUGUACCUAUGUACUAUAUAUAUGUAUGUGUGUAUGUUCUUGUACAAAAAACCUAACGAAAAUCAAACAAAAAUACAUUAACAAAAAUUAAACGUUGACGACGGUGCAGCCAAGCGGUGUGUCAGACUUCUGAAGCUCGAAUUACGAUUAGGUUUUCACCAAGUACAAUUAUCACACCCUCAAUCCGCUCCGGCCUAAACUUAAGUAUAUCCUUGCACCUGUACUAUCGCCGGGCACCGCUGCGCAGGCGCACGAAUUGUCAAGAGGCCCACACUUGUUUUAUCAAACAUUUUAUAUGUAUAUGCACAUGUCCUUUAAGGAAUGUCCUUUUUGAAUGUGUCAGGUCUGGGAGAUUCGUUUAACUCUGAGUGUGUAAACUACUGUGUAAACAAUACGGAAAUCAAUAAAUAUAUGUGACCCCUCUGGUUUGAUAAA